AUGCCUCCCCGUCGCCGCACGGCUGCCUCCGGCCAGUCUACUCUAUCCUUCGGUACACAGUCCCGGGUGACCAAACCAUCAACUGCUCCUCGCCUGGGGAAGAAUCUCGACAAGCCAGCGAGUGGAACUCCGGAGCCCCAGGAUGUGAUUGUCUCGCAGCCCCCGAAUCCCCAUGCUGCCGAGCUCGUCGUCCGCCAGCAGGUCAAGCCAGCAACCCAAGAACCUCUCUUGGAGGAGGAUAAGCGGGCCUUGAAGAUGAGCAAGCAGGACCUGAACCGAUAUUGGAAGAAGGAAGAACAAGCCCGCUUGGCCCCUCGAGUCCACCAAGGGGAUCUAGCCAUGGAGGAGAAGAUUCUCCGCCACUUUGAUCUAUCAAGUCAAUAUGGGCCUUGUAUCGGUAUUGCUCGCAUUAAGCGCUGGCGCCGUGCCAAUAAGCUCAAGCUCAACCCACCCCUCGAAGUUCUUGCAGUUCUCUUGAAAAAUGAGGAGGUCGAGGAACGGGCGCAUAUGGAUGAGUUGCUUUCAUAA